AUGGAGAGCAGUGGACCAAAAGUUUUGGAAACAGCUGAAGAGAUCCAGGAGAGGCGUCAAGAGGUGUUGACUCGGUACCGGAGGUUCAAGGAGCUGGUUGCUGAGAGGGGUCAGAAGCUUGAGGAGUCCUAUCACUACCAGGUUUUCAGGCGAGAUGCAGAUGACCUGGAAAAGUGGAUCUUGGAGAAACUCAAGAUUGCAGAAGAUAAGAGCUAUGAAGACCCAACUAAUAUACAGGGGAAAUAUCAGAAGCACCAAUCCUUUGCAGCAGAGGUGCAAGCAAAAUCAAAAGUCAUUCCUGACCUGGAAGAAAUCAGGGAAGUCCGAUUUGCUGAGGGUCAUUUUGCCCACGAGGACACCAAGGCCCAUCUGGAGGAACUGCGCCGCCUGUGGGACCUGCUGCUGGAGGUGACCCAGGAGAAGGGCUUCCUGCUUCUGCGGGCCUUGAAGCUCCAGCAGUACUUGCAGGAGUGUGCUGACAUCUUAGAGUGGAUCGGAGACAAGGAGGCUAUAGUAACGUCCGUGGAGCUUGGUGAGGACUGGGAGCGUGCAGAAGUUCUGCAUAAGAAGUUUGAAGAGUUCCAAGUGGACCUGGCAGCUCGAGAGGGGAGAGUGGAUGGAGUGAACCAAUAUGCCAAUGAGUGUGCCGAGGAGAACCAUCCUGAGCUGCCCGUGAUUCAGUUUAAGCAAAACGAGGUGAACGCUGCCUGGGAACGUCUCCACGGCCUGGCUCUCCAGAGACGGAAAACCCUGUCUGACGCUGCAGACCUCCAGCGAUUCAAACGGGAUGUGACUGAAGCCAUCCAAUGGAUCAAGGAGAAGGAAACUCUGCUCAGCUCUGAGGACUAUGGCCAAGACCUUGUUAGCUCUGAGGCACUGUUUCACAGUCACAAGGGACUUGAGAGAAACCUUGCAGUCAUGAAUGACAAGGUGAAGGAGUUAUGUGCCAAAGCAGACAAGCUUACGCUUUCCCAUCCUUCAGAUGCACCUCAGAUCCAGCAGAUGAAAGAAGAUCUGGUCUCCAACUGGGAGCACAUUCGCGCCCUGGCUACCAGCAGAUACGCAAAACUGCAGGCUUCUUAUUGGUACCAGCGGUUCUUGUCCGACUACGAUGAGCUCUCAGGCUGGAUGAAGGAGAAGACCGCUCUGAUCAAUGCUGAUGAGCUGCCCACCGAUGUGGCCGGUGGGGAAGUCCUGCUGGACAGGCAUCAGCAGCAUAAGCAUGAGAUUGACUCCUACGAUGACCGAUUUCAAUCUGCUGAUGAGACUGGUCGAGCCCUCCUGGAUGCCAAUCAUGAAGCCUCCGAUGAAGUUCAGGAGAAGAUGGGAAUACUUGCCAACAACUGGGCUGCCCUGCUGGAACUGUGGGACAAGCGUCAGCAUCAGUACGAGCAGUGCUUGGACUUGCACCUCUUCUACAGAGACAGCGAGCAAGUGGACAGUUGGAUGAGUAGACAAGAGGCCUUCCUGGAAAACGAGGAUCUGGGAAACUCACUCGGCAGCGUAGAAGCCCUUCUUCAGAAGCAUGAUGACUUUGAGGAAGCCUUUACUGCCCAAGAAGAGAAGAUUACAACAUUAGACAAGACUGCCACCAAAUUGAUUGACAAUGACCAUUAUGAUUCAAAAAACAUUGCGGCUAUUCGUGAUGGGCUGUUGGCCCGGCGGGAUGCCCUACGUGAAAGGGCUGCCACUAGACGGAGAUUGCUGGAAGAUUCGUUGCUUUUGCAACAACUGUAUCAGGAUUCAGAUGACCUAAAGAACUGGAUCAACAAAAAGAAAAAGUUGGCAGAUGAUGAAGAAUACAAGGACACACAGAACUUGAAGAGCCGGGUUCAAAAGCAGCAAGUCUUUGAAGAGGAGCUAGCAGCUAAUGAGAUCCUACUCAAUAACCUAGAGAAAACUGGCCAGGAGAUGAUCGAGGGUGGUCACUAUGCCUCUGACAAUGUGGCCGCUCGCCUGAGUGAAGUUGCCAGCCUCUGGAAGGAGCUGUUGGAGGCUACGGCACAGAAAGGGACCCAGCUGCAUGAGGCGAACAAGCAGCUGCAAUUUGAAAACAAUGCAGAAGACCUGCAGUGCUGGCUGGACGAGGUGGAGUGGCAGGUCACCUCAGAAGAUUACGGGAAAGGCCUGGCUGACGUGCAGAACCGACUAAGGAAACACGGCCUCUUGGAGUCGGCUGUGGCUGCCCGCCAGGAUCAGGUGGACACCCUCACGGAACUGGCUGCAUAUUUUGAAGAAGCAGGACAUCCUGAUUCGGGGGACAUGAGGGCAAGGCAGGAGUCCUUGGUGUCCCGGUUUGAAGCUCUGAAAGAGCCACUGGCCACCCGGAAGAAGAAGCUCAUUGACCUACUCCGUCUGCAGCAGAUCUGCAGAGACACAGAGGAUGAGGAGGCCUGGAUCCAAGAGACUGAACCCUCAGCAGCUUCUACCCACCUUGGCAAGGACCUGAUUGCCUCCAAGAAUCUUCUCAACAGGCACGAGGUCAUCCUGGCAGACAUCAACAACCACGAGCCACGCAUUCAAGCAAUAACAGAGAGGGGAAACAAAAUGGUAGAGGAAGAACACUUUGCUGCAGAAGAUGUGGCCUCUAGGGUCAAGAGUUUGAACCAGAACAUGGAGUCUCUCUGCGCUCGAGCAGCGAGACGGCAGAAUGAUCUUAAGGCCAAUGUCCAGUUCCAGCAGUACCUGGCUGACCUGCAUGAAGCAGAAGCGUGGAUUAGAGAGAAGGAGCCUAUUGUAGACAACACUAACUAUGGGGCUGAUGAAGAGGCAGCUGGGGCUCUUCUAAAGAAGCAUGAGGCCUUCCUAGUGGAUCUCAAUGCAUUCGGAAAAAGUAUAGAAGCUCUACGUGCUCAGGCAGAAGACUGCCAGCAACAACAGGCUAUGCCAGUGGACGAAUCUGCUCGAGAAGAGAGGGUUGUAGCUUUAUAUAACUUCGAGGCCCGCAGCCCUCGAGAAGUCACCAUGAAGAAAGAUGAUGUCUUAACUCUACUGAGUUCCAUCAACAAGGACUGGUGGAAGGUUGAAGCCGAUGAUCACCAGGGCUUUAUCCCUGCUGCCUUUGUCAGAAAGCUGACCCCUGAUGAAUUCCCAGGGCUCCCACUGCGGCGGCGAGAAGAGCCAGGCAGCAUCACCCAGCGCCAGGAGCAGAUUGAAAACCAGUACCAUUCCCUCCUGGAUCGGGCAGAAGAACGCAGACGCCAUCUAUUGCAACGUUACAAUGAAUUUUUGCUGGCCUAUGAGGCAGGAGACAUGUUGGAUUGGAUUAGAGAGAAAAAGGCAGAAAACAUCGAUGUGGUACUAGAUGAUGUUUGGGAACUGCAGAAGAAGUUUGAUGAGUUCCAAACGGAUUUGAAAACCAAUGAGCCUCGGCUAAGGGAUAUCAACAAGAUAGCUGAUGAUCUGCUAUUUGAAGAACUUCUAACACCAGAAGGAGCUCAAAUCCGGCAGGAAUUGAAUGUCCGUUGGGGUUCCUUGCAGAAGCUUGCAGAUGACCAGCGGCAGCUACUGGGCAGUGCCCAUGCUGUCCAGAUGUUUCACAGAGAAGCAGAUGACACGAAGGAGCAGAUUGAGAAGAAGUGCCAGGCUCUCAGUGCUGCAGAUCCUGGCUCUGACCUGUUCAGUGUUCAGGCCCUUCAGCGACAGCAUGAGGGCUUUGAGAGAGACCUUCUACCCCUGGGGGAAAAGGUGACCAUAUUGGGGGAGACAGCAGAGCGUCUCAGUGAGUCCCAUCCGGAUGCCACUGAGGACCUGCAGAGACAGCGACUGGAGCUGAAUGAGGCAUGGGGUGACCUGCAAGGGCGCACACAGGAUCGUAAGGAAAGCCUAAAUGAGUCCCAGAAAUUCUACCUGUUCCUCAACAAGGCCAGGGACCUACAGAAUUGGAUCAGUGGCAUUGGUGCCAUGGUAUCAUCGAAGGAGCUGGCUGAAGACUUAACUGGCACAGAGAUCUUGCUGGAGCGGCACCAGGAGCAUCUAGCUGACAUGGAGGCAGAGGCUCCUACCUUCCAGGCCUUAGAACACUUUGGUGCAGAACUUAUAGAUGGUGGGCAUCGUGCUAGCCCUGAAAUUGAGAAAAAGCUUCAAGAUGUCAGAUUAGAGAGAGAUGAUUUGGAGAAGGCUUGGGGACAACGCAAGAAGAUCCUAGACCAAUGCCUUGAGUUGCAGUUGUUCCAAGGGGACUGUGAUCAGAUUGAGAGCUGGAUGGUGGCACGAGAGAAUUUCCUGAGGUCAGAUGACAAGGGUUCCUUAGACAGUCUGGAGGCCUUGAUGAAGAAACGUGAUGAUUUGGACAAAGCAAUCACUGCUCAGGAAGAGAAGAUCACUGACCUGGAACAUUUUGCUGAGCGGCUCAUAGCUGAUGACCACUAUGCCAAGGAGGAGAUUGCUGCUCGCCUCCAACAUGUGCUAGACAGAUGGAGGGCUCUCAAAGCACAACUGAUUUCUGAGAGAGAAAAGCUUGGAGACUAUGCUGACCUAAAACAAUUCUACCAUGACCUUGAGGAGCUAGAAGAAUGGAUCAGUGAGAUGCUGCCCACAGCCUGUGACGAAUCCUACAAAGACCCCACUAACAUUCAGAGGAAAUACCUGAAACACCAGACCUUUGAAAAUGAGGUCAAUAGCCAAGCUGAGCAUGUGGAAGGAGUCUUCAACCUGGGGAACUCCCUGAUUGAGCGGAAGGCAUGUGAUGGCAAAGAAGAAACUGUGAAGGGGCAACUGGAAGAGCUGGAGAGACAUUGGGACUAUCUGCUUGAGAGAACAAUUGACAAAGGGCAGAAGCUCAAGGAGGCUAGUCGCCAACAGAGGUUCAACACAGGCAUCCGGGACUUUGAGUUCUGGCUCUCGGAGGCGGAGACACUGCUGGCCAUGAAAGACCAGGCCAGGGACCUGGCUUCGGCAGCGAACCUGCUCAAGAAGCAUCAGCUAUUGGAAACAGAGAUGUUGGCUCGAGAGGAUGCACUCAAGGACCUGAAUAAGCUGGCUGCAGAUCUGCUCUCUAGUGGGACUUUCAACGUUGAACAGAUUGAGGAGAAAAUGGAUAGCGUCAAUAAGCGCUUCCUGAAUGUCCAGAACUUGGCAGCUGCACACCAUGAGAAGCUGAAAGAGACCUACGCCUUGUUCCAGUUCUUCCAGGACCUAGAUGAUGAGGAAUCCUGGAUAGAGGAGAAGUUGGUACUAGUGAGCUCCCAGGACUAUGGGAGGGAUCUGCAGGGUGUUCAAAAUUUACUGAAGAAGCACAGACGCCUAGAGGGGGAGCUGGUGGCCCAUGAGCCUGCCAUCCAGAAUGUGCUGGAUAUGGCAGACAGGCUGGGAGACAAGGCUGCUGUGGAACAAGAGGAGAUCCAGGAGCGACUGGCUCAGCUUGUUCAACACUGGGAGAAGCUCAAAGAGUUGGCCAAGGCUCGAGGGCUUCAGUUGGAAGAGUCCCUAGAAUACCUGCAAUUCAUGGGCAAUGCUGAGGAAGAGGAAGCUUGGAUCAGUGAAAAGGAAGCUAUGGUUGCCCGAGGGGAAUCUGGAGACACAUUGGCUGCUAUUCAGAAUUUGCUGAAGAAGCAUGAAGCUCUGGAUAAUGACUUUGCUGUCCACGAGACCCGAGUGCAAAACGUGUGUGCACAAGGAGAAGACAUCCUGAGUAAGGAAGAAAGUCAGAACAAAGAGAAGAUUUCUGCAAAGAUAGAGGCUCUGAAUGAAAAGACCCCUUCGCUGGCCAAGGCCAUAGCUGCUUGGAAGUUGCAACUAGAAGAUGAUUAUGCUUUCCAGCAGUUUAACUGGAAGGCUGAUGUGGUAGAGGCCUGGAUAGCUGAGAAGGAAGCAAGCCUGAAGAACAAUGGCAAUGGUGCAGACCUCACUGCCUUCCUCCCUUUCCUGGCAAAGCAGGUGAGAGCAGGCUGCCGUGUGGGCAGUUGCCAGGGAAGUCCAACAGCCACAUCUCACAGAAGCUCAGUCCCCCAGGAGUAUUCAUUUCUAAAUUUGGUUCAUCAGGCAUCAAUUCCAAGAAUCUCUCCUCCUGGAUUCUGGGAUAGGCAGCUGUGUUCCCUGGAUUCAAUCACAAGACACAUGGAGACCUACGCUGUUUGUGUUUUCAUGAGUGAAAGUGUUCCAGAAAUGCUGCGGAAAGAAACAAAUGCCGAGGAGCUAUUCAUGGAAUUUGCACACAAAGCCUCAGCUUUCAACAACUGGUGUGAGAACGCUGAGGAGGACUUGUCAGAACCUGUACACUGUGUCUCCCUGAAUGAGAUUCGGCAGCUACAGAAGGACCACGAGGACUUCCUAGCCUCCCUGGAUGGAGCUCAAGCAGACUUCAACUAUUUACUGGAGCUAGACCAGCAGAUUAAGGCCUUAAAUGUGCCCUCUAGCCCUUACACCUGGUUAACAGUGGAAGUGCUGGAAAGGUUCUGGAAGCAUCUAUCUGAUCUCAUUAAGGAACGGGAGCAGGAGCUGCAAAAGGAAGAGGCCAGACAGGUCAAGAACUUUGAGAUGUGUCAAGAGUUUGAGCAGAGUGCCAGCUUUCUUCAGUGGAUCCUGGAGACCAGGGCUUACUUUCUGGAUGGAUCUUUGCUCAAAGAAACAGGAACUUUGGAGUCCCAGUUGGAAGCAAAUAAAAGAAAGCAGAAGGAGAUCCAGGCGAUGAAGCGUCAACUGACCAAGAUUGAGGACCUGGGGGAAAAUUUGGAAGAGGCUCUGGUUCUUGACAUCAAAUACAGCACCAUUGGACUGGCCCAGCAGUGGGACCAGCUCUACCAGCUUGGGAUGCGAAUGCAACACAACCUAGAGCAACAGAUCCAGGCCAAAGACACCAUAGGCGUGAGUGAAGAGACACUAAAGGAGUUUAGCACAACCUAUAAGCACUUUGAUGAGAACUUGACAGGGCGCUUGACUCACGAAGAGUUCCGGUCUUGCCUGAGAGGACUUAAUUACUACUUGCCCAUGGUAGAGGAAGGGGUACCUGAGCCCAAGUUUGAGAAGUUCCUGAAUGCUGUGGAUCCCGGAAGGAAGGGCUAUGUCUCGCUGGAGGACUACACCUCAUUCUUGAUUGACAAGGAGUCAGAGAACAUCAAGUCCAGUGAUGAAAUAGAGAAUGGCUUCCAAGCCCUGGCAGAGGGCAAGGCCUAUAUUACCAAAGAGGACAUGAAGCAGGCCCUCACCCCAGAGCAAGUGUCAUUCUGCACCAUACAUAUGCAGCAGUAUAUGGACCCACGGGGCCGAAGCCAUCCCGCUGGCUAUGACUAUGUUGGCUUCACCAAUUCCUACUUUGGCAACUCACAAGCAGCUCCUGUGGAUCGUAGAGAAUCUUAGUGUGGUGGGUGGUACUGGGAGAUGAAAGAGACAGGCAAAUGCAAGGGAUGAAAAUAUAGUUGUGUGU